CCUGUGAAUGUGUGUUUCCAGCGGUACUCUGUGGCAGUGUAUCUAGUGAGGGUCUUCACUGCAGCAGACCUCUUCAGCCAACUCAAGCUCUGCUCCGUUGAGAGUGCAGAACGCUGUCGUGAACGCAUCCAAGACAAACUACGCUAUGAUCCAGAAAGUGAAAUUGCAACCACAGGCCUCCGGGUUUCUCUCAUCUGUCCAUUGGUGAAGAUGCGUCUCGGUGUGCCAUCUCGAGUUUUAACUUGUGCCCACCUUCAGUGUUUCGACGCAGUCUUCUUCCUGCAGAUGAAUGAGAAGAAGCCAACAUGGACUUGCCCAGUCUGUGACAAGCCCGCUCCCUUUGAACUGCUCACUAUUGAUGGGCUGCUAGCUGAGAUUCUGAAGGAGACGAGUGAGGACAUCGAGGAGAUCGAGUACUUAACCGACGGCUCCUGGCUACCCAUUAGUGACGAGGAGAAGAGGGACCGAGAAAGAGAACGCAGCAACACACCGGAUUAUCCUGUUGUCGAUAUAUGCAUUCCUGAAGCAAACGGUCAUUCACCGGCCCACAGCAGCACCAGCCUGACGGGCAAAUCUGGAAGCGGUUCUGUGGCGGGGGGCUCCGGAGCACCUGGGGUGCCGGGGGGAGGCGCGGUGGUAGAUCUGACUCUUGACUCCUCCUCAGAGGAGGAAGGGGGCGGGGCAGGGGGAGACAGUGAGGACACUGAGGACAGUGCCGACAGUCCCGCCCCGAAGAGGGGCCGGUACAACUACGACAAGGACCUGGUCACUGCCUACUGACCCCACAGCUCUCUCCCCUCAUAGACUGACACACACACACACAGACAGAGAGGAAGGGGGCUCGAAGGACAGGAACACUCGAAUCCACGAGAUGCAAUGACCCUCCCUCACCCCCAAACGUCGGAGCCUUUUAGCAGCUCUGGUUUCUACCCAGUCAGAAAACACACAGUCCAACAUGCACUGUUAACGAAUCUUCAAUCUAGAGUGAUUAGGAUUCCUCUUUGUACUGCUCACCACUGGAAGUAACUCUUUUUGGCCAACCGUCACCUUGCAGUGAAUAUCUGUACCGUCCUGCCUCUACUUAGAGACUGAAUGGAUCGUGCAUCCCCCCCUCCCCUCCCUCCUCUCCCUCCUCUUCCUCCUCUCUCUCUCUCUCCAGACUAUUUCCUCUCUACCAACUCAUCUCUCUUUGUAUUGACUUGGAAUCACAGGCUCUUUUAGCCAUUGGCGUUCGAUGUGUACGUCUCUGACUUUUGUCACAUUUGUGAUAAACAGGCAAGUUGAAAACAGAAGCUCUUCAGCUGUUUUUGGUUAAAAGGUCAAAAACAACAAAUAGAAAAUGUGCGAGAGGACAAGACAGAGAUAUCAGGAGUGUGAUGCAAAUUGAAACCUCUCCAAUUGACAUAAUUCUCUGGAAAGAAAUAAACACAAAGCUUGAAAGUUUUUUUUUUCAGGAAUAUAUCCUUUUUUAAUUAUGUAAGGACAGAACACAAGUGUGUGAUACUUUCCAUUUUUAUUUUGUCCUUUAGCUAAAGAGAACCUACCUCAGUCAUAAAAAAACUUAGCAGACUGAUCAGAGAGUAGCUAAGAAAGAAGUGGAUCGAUCGAUGAAGCCAAUUUUACACUGGAGAUUUUGUUUUCCUACAUUGUUCUUUCUUUUUAUUUUUUUUAUUCCAUCUUUCCAUUCAGCUUUGUUCCCUCUGCAAUAACAACAACUUUGUUAAUGAGAGAUUUGAGGAUAGCCAGGCUAACUGAAGGUGUCAGUGAGGCCAAUAGUUGUGGCUGGGAUUGUGCCACUCUGUAAAACACAACUGCAGUUAUUGUGCUGUUACAGGAUUUAUUAGGAGUGAUAUAUCAGCAUUGCAAAUUGUAACUCAUCUUAAUUACUGUGCGGCAGCUGUGCCAAAGCAGAUCUAUUUUAAGAAUACACUGACAGGUAAUGGUUGUGAGAUUUUGGUGCCUUUCUUUUGUUUUUGUUGAGUGAUGAUGAUUUGAGCCCAUUGUUUUACGGCUCUCUGAGCUGGCCAGCAGAAAACCCUGUCUGACAGAUAGUGUUUUAUUUCAUGGAGGAUUUCCUGGUCCGGGAUGCAGAAUAAAGUCAAUUGGCAAUGCUCUCUGAUGCUUUUGAUGCCCUCAGACAGUAGUAUCAUAUUUAUUUAAAUGCCUUGCAUUUUCUUAACAGUUGUGUGUAAAGCUACAGGAUAUUUGGCGUACAGACGGGAGUUAUUGGUGGGAGAAAGCAGGACUUGUGUUCUGCUGUGGUGUGAGUGUUAUAAUUGGUCCAGGCUGGUGCUGGUGAUGAACACUCCUUUUUCUUUCCCUCUGAAUGCAUCCGACCUGGGUCAAAGCACCACUCAGAGUACUUUACUACGGUGGGUUCAGCAUGUCUGACACAACAAAACUUAAUGAAGUGUCAAUAAGUGCAACCCCACCUCGCUUAAAGUCAUUGAUUGGAUUACAAAUGGUCUUGUCUGGAACAAGUGGAGCCGCUUCAACCAACAAUCCCCUCGGCCACCGCUCAAUGUAGAUAAGGUCACAUCUAUUUGCUGGAGUAGAAUGGGCUUUUAAUUGCUACAUGCUGUAGGCAUUCAACUAAUAUUCCUCUGCACCUGCACUAGUUUCGUCAGUAUGUGAUGGCUGUUUCUCAGAAGGAUAUCCAUGCCGAGUUUAGGUUGUCUGUGAAGGAAGGUCAUCAAUGUUUGCUUGAAGAUGAGAAAAUGUGUUGCUAGAGCUGUUUGCACUCAUCUGAUGCUUCAUUCCAACUUUAAGGCUUAUUUAUUUCAAAGCCGUCAUGUAGUGAGUAAAAAUCAAGGAUCCCUGACCAUCGUGAUCAGUGCUCCUCAAACAUCUCAUGCGUGGGAAUCAGAAAAUGUGGAAGUGGUCGAGUAGUGACUCUAAUGAGCUCUGCAUUGUAUGUUUUCCUCUUUUUAUCAUCACGCUGUCAGUUUGAUCAGCUGCACAGAAUCUGGUUUUUCUUUUGUUCUUCCUCAUAAACACAGAAAAAUUAAAUUUACUUAUUAAUCCGGGGCCUCACUGUCGCUAGCGCAUUCUCCCAUAAGGUUGAUGAUGAACGAACAGGUCGAGUCAAAUCUGAUCUUCCAUUUCCCUCCUCCUUUUGACACACUUUGUAGAAUCAAUAUACUGUUGAAAUUAUUUUUGAUUAUCCACACAAAUUUGAUCGAUGGCUCUUCGCCUGUAAUACAUCAGUCUAUCCCUGAGAAAUGAUGUAAAGAACUAUAAUAUCUGUCUUUAACAAGGCAAACCGUAUUUGUAAGUAACUGCUAUACAUGUACAACAAUGAGACAGUUCAUUUGAUAAGCAAAGAAGGUCAUUAUUUGAACUCAUCUUCUAAAUUUGUAUUUUCUUGCCUUAUGGUUAAAGACGGCAGGUUGAUUCUGUGGACCUGAGCCGGAAGUGUCUGCAGAUGUUUGGGAGCUGGAGAGAGCUGGGGGUCUGGUCUUUUUCUAGUGGCAUCUCUUCUUCUUAUAAUACUGCAUAAGGUAGCAUGGGCAGAGGCUUACAAUCCAUGAUGUAAAUGUUUUGUUUGUUGUGUUUUUUUAUAUGUUCAUAUUAAAAGACAAUAACAUUUAAAUAAUAUUUUAUUAAGCCUUGAAUCACCUCCAGUUGUUCAUAAUGGCAAACAGACAAUAAGAAGCUGUUGUUGAGGGCAGCAGCACCUGAAGCUGAUGCCACAGAGGACCGGGAGGUGGAGGUCCAGAUUAUUAGUGUCCUGUACCAAAUGCUCAGAUAUGGGGACACAUUUGAUGCCUGUUGAGGGUGAAACUGUAAAAUUUCAAAUGAUCGUAUUCUAACAGCUGUUAUUGACGUGUGGAAUUAAUUAAAAUCAGUUCUUAAAAACA